AUGGGGCCGUGGCUGUGGCUGGCGGUGCUGGCAGGGCUGUUGUGGCUGCGGCGCUGGCACCGGGAGCGGCAGACGGUGCCCGGCCUCUCGGAGAAGUUUGUGCUGAUCACGGGCUGCGACUCGGGCUUUGGCAACCUGCUGGCACGGCAGCUGGACGCGCGGGGGCUGCGGGUGCUGGCGGGCUGCCUGACGGAGUCGGGGGCCGCCAGGCUGCGGGCGGCCACCUCGCAGCGCCUGCAGACCAUCCUCCUGGACGUCACCUCCAGCCACAGCAUUGCUGCCACCACCGCCUGGGUCCGGGAGCGUGUGGGUGACCGAGGGCUGUGGGGGCUGGUGAACAACGCCGGGAUCGCUAUCCCCACUGCCCCUAAUGAGUGGCUGAGCAAGGACGACUUCGUCAAGGUGCUGGACGUCAACCUGGUCGGCCUCAUCGAGGUGACGCUGAGCCUCCUGCCCCUGGUGCGCAGAGCCCGGGGCCGGGUGGUCAACGUGGCGAGCGUGAUGGGCCGGAUCGCCUUCUUCGGUGGGGGGUACUGCCCCUCCAAGUACGGCGUGGAGGCCUUCUCCGACAGCCUCCGGCUUGAGAUGCGCCACUUCGGGGUGAAGGUCAGCAUCAUCGAGCCAGGCUACUUCAAGACAGCGAUCGUCGGCGCCCAGAACCUGGAGAAGUGUUUUCUUAGCACCUGGGAGAAGGUCUCGGAUGAAACGAAAGCAGGCUACGGGGAGAAUUACUUGAAGGACUUUCUGGCAGGAGCCAAGAAGAUGCAGAAGAGGUGCAACUCCAACCUCUCGGUGGUCACGGACUGCAUGGAGCACGCGCUGACCAGCCGCUACCCGCGCGCCCGCUACUCGGCUGGCUGGGACGCCAAGCUGCUCUUCAUCCCCCUCAGCUACCUGCCCUCCACCCUCGCCGACGUGAUCCUGACCUGGCCCUACCCCAAACCUGCCCAGAAAGCCUGA